AGGAGCUGCUGGCACUGGGCUUUGCCUCGGGGGUGGAUCCUGAAUCCUCCCAGAGAUCCCACAGCAGCCUCUCCUUUCCCACUUGUUUUUUUCCAGCAGCUUGCUUAGCGUUUUUCACUAAGUCAAACGGAAGGUAAUUGAGAUAUUAAGGGUAUUUAUAUCCAGAAGUUUUUGUGGGAGGUGUUUGUGCUUUAACAUUCCAUAUUGUGACUGUUCUGCACCAUUCACUAGAAUCAUUCAUAUUAUCAGAGCCAACACAGUCAGAGCUAAAAAUAUGCCUGGGAUGGAGAGAAAAGUUUGGCAAAUUGCAUAAUGUUCUGUCUGUUUAGUGUAUCAAAGUGGCAAUAUGGCCUCACAAGUUUGCCAGAGUGAAACAUUUCUGUCUGAUCUGAUGAAAUUAAGGCUGAAAAGACAAGGUUAGAGAUGGAACAACCUGCCUGAUUUGUGUUUUCUUGUGAACUUUCUUGUUAGCUUUCAAGCAAAGUUGAAUGUGGUGGAAUGCUUGAACAUGUUUUUUCUUGCACCACACAUCAUUUUCCUUGUAUUUUUCCAGGUUUAUGUUGUGCAGUAAUUUUGUGCUGUAGAAGAGGGGAACAGGGAAUUUGGGAUUGUUGAAGUGAUUGGAUCUUAUUCACGUGUCUGUUUCCUGGUUUUGAUAUGAAGGCAAUACCUUUAGCCUGCUUUGGCACAGUUUAAUAUUUUUGGUCCUGUAUAAUUUCAAAAUCAGAUCUCCCAAAUACUUUCUGUGUUGUAAACAAAUUAAUGAUUUUUACAUUUUCUGUGGGAUCAGCGAUUUAUAUUUCAUGUUUAUUUAUUCCCUUGCUUUUUUUUAUUGGGAAUAUUUAUCCAGGCUUUUAUAAACUGUAAUCAUUGCCUUAUAAUAAUAAUUUCUUCUAAAAAGGCUGAGGAGGAGAUGGCAGGUGAGGGCCCAUCUGUGUACUUCUGUUUAUUAAAGUGCUUAGAAUGUGUCCCUGGAGCAGAAUAGUCUCUGUGUGGUGGAAUUGAAAUAAUUGAUGUUGUCACUAAGUGCAAUAACAUCUAAUUUGCUGUAAGUCAGAGGUCUCCUGCUGUUUUAUCAGUGGGUCAAAACCACAGAGCUUCAGUGCUAGGUGUUGGAACUCUUGAAAACCCCCAGAAAUGAAAGGGUAAUGCUGUUACAGCAAGCAGUAUUUCCCAAAUUCCUUCCAGCUCCAGUUUGGUGAGUCGUAGAUCAGAGUGACAUUUGUUUUCAAUAAAACACUGAGCUGACUGAGAGCGCUGCAGUUCCUUCCAGUGAGCUCCAGGCUCUCCAUAAAACCCUCCGGUCGUAACUUUUUAUGUCCCAUCCCUCAAUAAAACAGAGCCACCUCGGGGUAAAACCUGACAAACACCAAGUGAGACACGAGAGCCCUGCAGGGGAGAGCUGGGGGCUGGGGGUGGCCAGGGCAGGCAGACAAAAAUAAACACCCUUGGGUUUGGGUGAUGAGCUGUGCCCAGGGCAGGGGUAAAACCCACACCCGAGCACAGAGCCACUGCCAUGGCUACAGGGAGCCAUGGUUAAAUCCUGGUUAAUUCUCCUUGGGUGUGAGAUGGGCUUUAGAAACCAUUUAUUCCAUUUCUGAGACUUACCCUCGUGCUCAGAACAGUUCAGUGUCUUCAGCUUCACGAAGGGAAACUCCAUCUCUGAGGGGUCUCCAGGACCUGGUGGUUCAGUUGGACAUAACUACAGUUACUGAUUUCUUUAUGGGAUUAAUUAGACUUUCUUUAGCCUCAUGUAUCUGCUCAAGCAUCUGAGCAACAUCAGUCCUUCAUGCAUUUAUCCUUGUGCCAGCCCUGUCCAGUGUGUUCCUGUGUAUUUACUGCUAUUUACAGGGAGUAACAACAUCCAGUAGCUCGUAGUCUGUGGUGGGAAAGAGGAUUAAAUUCUCUUCUUAUGUCUUAAACUGCCAUACUAGUCAUUUACUCAGUCUUCUCCUAAAAAUGGGAUAUUUAUUGAAUAUUCCACUUUUAUGUCUGUACUCCUAGAAUUUAUUUAUUUUUUAUGGAGGUAUGUCUAUACUAGCUGGCAAUUUUAUAUAUGUUAUACGUGUUUUUAUACACACACACAUGAAACUUGAUUCAAGCUGUUGAAAAGUUUGGCAGCUGAAUAAAUCUUAGGCUUUAGGCCAUUAUUUAGUACUUGGAAAGGGUUUAAACCUGUGAUUUUGCAGUAUUGUAUAACUGUUUCCCCAGUUUGUGAUUGAAAACAUGCCCUGCUGGAACUGGCACUGGUUCUGUCUCAGCUUUCGUCCCCUGGGUAUGACACAGGGUGCCCAAAAUUACAGUGAGCAGAGUGACGAUGCACAGUUGUGUUCAUGGAGUAGCAGAUGCCAUUUCAUUGCUGUCCAGCUUGAGGCAGAGUUCCUGGAAGUCCUGGGCCCCGGGGUUUUGCCUCUGGUUCCUUGCUCGUCACUGGAGCUCCUUGCAGGGAGGAGUGAGGUCACGCGUUCGUGCUGCUGAUGUCCCGUGCUGUGCAGGGUGCCUGUGCUGCUGCCUUUGAACAGCAAAACAAGUGCUGGCACUUCUGUGAGCACUGUUUUGGCAGUUCCCUUUUUCCCCACAUUUUUUCCCCGACAUUCUUUUGUAACUCCUUGUGUGGAGUCGGUGCCAUCUGGUUUUCAGAACAGCAGCAUCUUGUUUCCUGGGGUUUGGUGCUGUGCAGCUCUGCUGAACCCAGUGACUGGGAGCUGUGCAAACCCUGCCGUGCUUCCCUCGCCCAUGUGUCCAUCCUGUGUCCAUCCUGUGUCCAUCCUGUGUCCAUCCUGUGUCCAUCCUGUGCCCAUCCUGUGUCCCUCCUGUGCCCAUCCUGUGCCCAUCCUGUGCCCAUCCUGUGUCCAUCCUAUGCCCAUCCUAUGCCCAUCCUAUUAUAUCCAUCCUGUGUCCAUCCUGUGUCCAUCCUGUGUCCCUCCUGUGUCCAUCCUGUGUCCAUCCUGUGUCCAUCCUGUGUCCAUCCUGUGCCCAUCCUGUGUCCAUCCUGUGUCCAUCCUGUGUCCAUCCUGUGUCCAUCCUCUGUCCAUCCUGUGUCCAUCCUGUGUCCCUCCUGUGUCCAUCCUGUGUCCCUCCUGUGUCCCUCCUGUGUCCAUCCUGUGUCCAUCCUGUGCCCAUCCUAUGCCCAUCCUAUUAUAUCCAUCCUGUGUCCCUCCUGUGUCCAUCCUGUGUCCAUCCUGUGUCCAUCCUGUGCCCAUCCUGUGUCCAUCCUGUGUCCAUCCUGUGCCCAUCCUGUGUCCAUCCUGUGUCCAUCCUGUGUCCAUCCUGUGCCCAUCCUGUGCCCAUCCUGUGUCCAUCCUGUGCCCAUCCUGUGUCCAUCCUCUGUCCAUCCUGUAUCCAUCCCAUGUCCAUCCUGUGUCCAUCCUGUGUCCAUGCUAUUAUAUCCAUCCUGUGUCCAUCCUGUGUCCAUCCUGUGUCCAUCCUGUGUCCCUCCUGUGUCCAUCCUGUGUCCAUCCUGUGUCCCUCCUGUGUCCAUGCUAUUAUAUCCAUCCUGUGUCCCUCCUGUGUCCCUCCUGUGUCCAUCCUGUGUCCAUCCUGUGUCCAUGCCCAUGCCCAUGCCCCAGGUGCUGCCAGGCCUGGGCUGGGACACAGGGUGGGUGUUUUAGGGGCUGAGGAGGGGGCUAGGGUGGAGCAGGCUGUUCAGUGGCAGUUCAGCUGAGAAGGCAGAUGUGUGGUGUGUUUCCAUGAGCUGAGUGUAGCAGCCCAGGAGGUGUUACACUGCUUUGUGUGUGGGGCUGGUGAGUGCCCUGUGCAGAGGGGGGAUCCUGAGCAGGCAGAGCCCUGAGCCCUGCCCUUGUCCUCAUCUGUGUCCCCAGAACAGCUCCUGUGCCAGCUGAGAUCAUCUGAUGUGCCCUGGCCAGGAUGGGCCUGGCUGGGAGCCGUUCCCAGAGCUGUGCCAGCACUGGGACGAGGUGGAUCAGGCUCCCUGUGCCCUGACACGGGGCACAGAGCUGCCCUGGCUGAGCACGGGGCUGGGGCUGAUCCCCUGUCCUGGGAACUCCAGCUUGUGUGGCCUCAGCACUGCCCCAAAGCUCUGUGUCUUCUCUGGAUCCUCGGCCGUGUGGACGGGGUUCUGUUCCCAGCAGGCAGAAACAAACGACAGGCUGACCCCUUUCAUAAUGUUUAUUUUAACCUUCUGCCCAGAAACGGGCACAGUUUUACAUGAGGAAAGCUGCUGAGCCCUGGCAGAGAAUGGGUUUAAAUAACUUAAUUUAAAAUAUGUGAGAUGCCCUCUGGUGCAGCCCAGAGGGGCUGGGACAGCGUUUGCCACCCGGCCAAGUGGUGGCUUUGUGUCAAGUGCCCUGAAAACAUCCCACAGCCCAGCAUUGCCCUUACUGCUGUUUCAUGCAGCAUUACCCCGUGUGCACUUUGCUGCUCCUUGGUGCAGGAAUCCAGAGGUGAGGCCGGGGUGUCAGUGCUGCUGUCAGUGCCCACAGCUGGAGCUGUAGGUAGCAGAGCUUGCUGCUGAGAGCAGAGCUUGCUGCUGAGCCCUUGGUGCAGACCCUUUGUGAAGGCACUGGGGCUCAGGAUGGCUCAGUGCUCAUCCCCAGGGCCAGAGUUUGUCUGUGGCACCAGGCAGUGAGAUCCUCAGCUGUGCCACGGCUCACAUACAGCUCCUCAUCUGCAGCACAGAAAAACACAUCCACAACGUGCAGAUAGCCAGACACUUCACUCACUCCUGUGCUUUUAUU